GGGAGGGAGGCUGGGCAGGCGGCGGAGCUGCGCGGCGCGGCUCUCAACCUGACUGGGAAGUGGUCCGGGCGUCCGUGGCUGACUGCCCUGUGGUGGACGGACGGAGGCGGGAGGUGGGAGCCGAGCCGGGCGCCUGAGAAAGCUAGCGGGUCAGGCUCAGCGUCGGCGACCCUAGUCGGUCCGCUGAAUGAAGUGCCCGCCCCGCUGAGCCCGGAGCCCGGCGCUUUCCCCGCAAGAUGGACGGUUUCGCCGGCAGCCUCGAUGAUAGUAUUUCUGCUGCAAGUACUUCUGAUGUUCAAGAUCGCCUCUCAGCCCUUGAGUUACGAGUUCAGCAACAAGAAGAUGAAAUCACUGUGCUAAAGGCAGCUUUGGCUGAUGUUUUGAGGCGUCUUACAAUCUCUGAAGAUCAUGUAGCCUCAGUGAAAAAAUCAGUCCCAAGUAAAGGCCAGCCAGGCAUUCGAGAAGCUAUUUCCAUGUCCUGUAUAACCAACGGGAGUGGUGCAAGUAGAAAACCAAGUCACACCAGCUCUGUUUCAAUCGCAAGAAAAGAAACUCUUUCAUCUGCUGCUAAAAGUGGUACAGAAAAAAAGAAAGAAAAACCACAAGGACAGAGAGAAAAAAAAGAGGAAUCUCACUCUAAUGAUCAAAGUCCACAAAUUCGAGCAUCACCUUCUCCCCAGCCCUCUUCACAGCCUCUCCAAAUACACAGACAAACUCAAGAAAGCAAGAAUUCUACUCCCACCAAAAGCAUAAAACGACCACCAACAGCUGAAAAGUCACAUAAUUCAUGGGAAAAUUCAGACGAUAGCCGUAAUAAAUUACUGAGGGCAGUUUCAACAUCAAAAUUAAUAUCAAAAGUUAUAAAAAAUGCAGACAAGCAUAAAGAUGUCAUCAUCAACCAAGCAAAAAUGUCAACCCGUGAAAAAAACAACCAAGAAGGAGAAUAUGUCAAAAUGUUUAUGCGAGGUCGACCAAUUACAAUGUUCAUUCCUUCUGAUGUUGACAACUAUGAUGACAUCAGAACAGAGCUGCCUCCUGAGAAGCUCAAACUGGAGUGGGUAUAUGGUUAUCGAGGAAAGGACUGUCGAGCUAAUGUUUACCUUCUUCCUACCGGGGAAAUCGUUUAUUUCAUAGCAUCAGUAGUAGUACUAUUUAAUUAUGAGGAGAGAACUCAACGACACUACCUGGGUCAUACAGACUGUGUGAAAUGCCUUGCUAUACAUCCUGACAAAAUUAGGAUUGCAACUGGACAGAUAGCUGGAGUGGAUAAGGAUGGAAGGCCCCUGCAACCCCAUGUCAGAGUGUGGGAUUCAGUUAGUCUAUCUACACUGCAAAUUAUUGGACUUGGAACUUUUGAGCGUGGAGUAGGAUGCCUGGAUUUUUCAAAAGCAGAUUCAGGUGUUCAUUUAUGUGUUAUCGAUGACUCCAAUGAGCAUAUGCUUACUGUAUGGGAUUGGCAGAAGAAAUCAAAAGGAGCAGAAAUAAAGACAACAAAUGAAGUUGUUUUGGCUGUGGAAUUCCAUCCAACAGAUGCAAAUACUAUAAUAACCUGUGGUAAAUCUCACAUUUUUUUCUGGACCUGGAGUGGCAAUUCACUAACAAGAAAACAGGGAGUUUUUGGGAAAUAUGAAAAACCAAAAUUUGUGCAGUGUUUGACAUUCUUGGGGAAUGGAGAUGUUCUUACUGGAGACUCAGGUGGAGUCAUACUUAUAUGGAGCAAAACUACUGUAGAACCCACACCUGGGAAAGGGCCUAAAGGUGUUUAUCAGAUCAGCAAACAAAUCAAAGCUCAUGAUGGCAGUGUGUUCACACUUUGUCAGAUGAGAAAUGGUAUGUUAUUAACUGGAGGCGGGAAAGACAGAAAAAUAAUUCUGUGGGAUCAUGAUCUGAAUCCUGAAAGAGAAAUAGAGGUUCCUGAUCAGUAUGGAACAAUCAGAGCUGUAGCAGAAGGAAAGGCAGAUCAAUUUUUGGUAGGCACAUCACGAAACUUUAUUUUACGGGGAACGUUUAAUGAUGGCUUCCAAAUAGAAGUACAGGGUCAUACUGAUGAGCUUUGGGGUCUUGCCACACAUCCCUUCAAAGAUUUGCUCUUGACAUGUGCUCAGGACAGACAGGUGUGCAUGUGGAACUCGGUGGAACACAGGCUGGAAUGGACCAGGCUCGUAGAUGAACCAGGACACUGUGCAGAUUUUCAUCCAAGUGGCACAGUGGUGGCCAUAGGAACGCACUCAGGCAGGUGGUUUGUUCUGGAUGCAGAAACCAGAGAUCUAGUUUCUAUCCACACAGACGGGAAUGAACAGCUCUCUGUGAUGCGCUACUCAUUAGAUGGCACCUUCCUGGCUGUGGGAUCUCAUGACAACUUUAUUUACCUCUAUGUAGUCUCAGAAAAUGGAAGAAAGUACAGCAGACAUGGAAAGUGCACUGGACAUUCCAGCUAUAUCACACACCUUGACUGGUCUCCAGACAACAAGUACAUAAUGUCUAACUCGGGAGACUAUGAGAUCCUGUACUGGGACAUUCCAAAUGGCUGCAAACUAAUCAGGAAUCGAUCAGAUUGUAAGGACAUCGAUUGGACGACAUACACCUGUGUGCUAGGCUUUCAAGUCUUUGGUGUCUGGCCAGAAGGAUCUGAUGGGACAGAUAUCAAUGCACUGGUGCGAUCCCACAAUAGAAAGGUGAUAGCUGUUGCUGACGACUUUUGCAAAGUCCAUCUGUUUCAGUAUCCCUGCUCCAAAGCAAAGGCUCCCAGUCACAAGUACAGUGCCCACAGCAGCCAUGUCACCAAUGUCAGUUUUACUCAUAAUGACAGUCACCUGAUUUCAACUGGUGGAAAAGACAUGAGCAUCAUUCAGUGGAAACUUGUGGAAAAGUUAUCUUUGCCUCAAAAUGAGAUUGUAGCAGAUACCGCGCUCACCAAAGCCCCCAUCUCUUCCACUGAAAGUGUCAUGCAGUCAGAUGCUCCCACACCACCUCCUUCCCAGCCCGUAAACGAGACAGCUGAAGAAGAGAGCAGGAUAAGCAGUUCUCCCACGCUUCUGGAGAACAGCCUGGAGCAGACUGCGGGGCCCAGCGAAGACCACAGUGAGGAGCAGAGUGAGGGGGGCAGCGAAGACCUCGGUGAGCCUGCUUGUGAAGAGCCGGCCCCCGAGACGAGUGAGGGGCGGAGUGCAGGCGCUCUUCCCGGGGACCAGCGAGACCCUUCACCCCUGCCCUAACGCCAGGACUUCAGCGCGGCUCGCUUUUUCCUUCAACUGCAUGAUGUGCUCUUGCGAUAAAGUUCAGAUAACAGGCCAGAAGUGAUGGAGAAUCACUAUUGAUGGAGAUUUUGGUUUCCACGUAAUCUGUUUUCAAUAGUCUUAUCUUCCGUCUCUUAAAUGCAGUCGACCUAAAGGUUCGGUUUGAUGUGUGCUGAAAAUUAACCAAACAUAAUAGUAGGAAAAGACUGAAACAUUAAUUGUGUCUCAGAAAUUACUGUGUACGUGAGUGGUAUGAUGUUAAUACUGGAAACAAAAACAGUGGUUGUAUAGAUUUUAAAUAAACCCCUCAUUAUCUGAGCAGGUUUUCUUCAGGAACAACCAGAGGCAUCACAAACACUGUUACUCAUCUGCUGGCUCAGACUGUGCUACUUUUUUUUUUUUUUCCUGAUGCUGAAAAUCAGAAAAACAAAACAAAAACCAAAAAAAACCUUCUCUUACUGAGAUUCCCUCCCACCCCAAAUGUCUAGUGGAAAUUUUUUAGUCAAGAAAAACUUCAUUAGUGCCAUGAGCAGUGGUGUUGCCUUCUUCUUAAAUAAUAACACCCUUUUCUUAACGUAGCCAGCAGAUGUCCAGAUGUGCUUGUUAGUCUACCGUGUAGGUGCUGCCUUUUCUAAGUCAGAGUGAGGAACAGUCCCUUAAUUUCCUGUGCGCGUAUCUAUUUUAUCUUAGAACUAAGAAAGCAGUGGUUUGUUAACGAGCUUUUAAUGUAUGUUAAACCAUUGAUACUCCGAAAUAAUGGAUUCCUCCAAGGAUUCCUUUACUGGCCUAAACAUUUUCAAAUGUUUGGCAUUCAAGUGAAUGAACAGAAGAAACCGCACGCCUAUAAAAUUAAACUUGGCUAAUCUUAGCUUAGCCUUCAUCAUAAUUUGCUCCUUCAAUAACAGAAAUAUUAAUAAAGUUUAAAUGAUUGAAUUGGUGCUUGAAAUUCACUGGUUUAGCUGUAAUUUUUAUACAGAUUAUUGAGGGAUAAAAUACUCAACAAAUUGCAAAUUCUUUUUUAUAUAAGUGUGAAUAAUAGUCACAGGCAUUUUUUAUAAAUUGCAUACUUAACAGACCUGCUACACACAGUGAUUUUUCUCUGGUGGAGUUGCUUUAAGCCUUGCAAUUCUGAUGUGGCUAUCCUCUGCUGUUUGGGGGCAGUGCAUGUGUUAUUAUGCAUUGGAUAGUUGUUUUUUUAAGUUUUGUCAGAUGAUUAUGUUUUUCUUAAGUAUGUGUUUCCUAUUUUCAAAAUAAUUACUGACAAAUAUGCAUUUCCUAUAUAUUUGUUUAUACUUUGAUUAUAAAAAGACUUUUAUUUUUUAACUUGCAAUGUUUUGAUAUCUUUUUUUUUUUUUUUUUUUUU